CGGGUGGCCCUGCAGGCCUGACCCCGGGGACCGUCCGCGGGCGGCGUCGCUCCCGGCCGCCCUCUCUCGGGCCCCAAGAGAGCGCGAAGCCACCGAGCCCGCUGCGUACGGCCUGCGCGCGUCUCCUGCGAUUCGUCGCGGUUCUGUGCGCGUCGCAUGUUGCGGGCCGCUGCGGGCCGGCUGGCGGGGGCGUCGCCACCGCAGACCCGGUCCCGUUCCAGUUCGGAGUCUCCGGCCGCCGUCGAGGAGGCCGCCCGCCCGUCGGCCCGGUCGCCCCGGUCGCCCCCGCCCCCGGCUGUCAGGCCGCGGGGACCCGAGAACGGUGGGCAUGGACAGCAUCACCCAGCUGCUGGACGACCUCUGCGAGGCCCUCCUGCCGGCCGCGAAGGCUCACCUGGGCCAGCGCGGCCCGAGCCGCAGGCGGGCGAAGCAGAGCCUCAAGCGGGUGGCCUACAACGCUCUGUUCGCAAAUCUUUUCCAAGACGAGGCUCCCAAGCUGCAGCCUGACCUCUCAAGACUCCCCGUGAAAAACAAGAUCCUCAUGCUGUCUUUUGACCUGAGAGUGGGCGGCCUGGGCCCGGAGGCUGACCGGCUGGAGGAGCUUGUGGAGAAACUCGAAGCAGCCCCUGGCUGCCCGCUGGGGGAGGUGGGGUCGGCUUUGGACCUGCUGGUGCAGCUGGCGGGCAGUGGGCCCCCUCGAGCCUUGCCGCGGAAGCGGGACUACUUCUUCAACAACAAGCACGUCGGCAGGAACGUGCCCUACAGCGGCUAUGACUGCUACGACCUGAGUGUGUUUGAGAUGGACGUUCGGUCUCUGAUGUCCAGGGAGGAGUACCUGUGUCAGGACACGAUCCAGAAAGCGCUCCAGGUGAUGGAGGCCACGCCGGGCACCGGCCUGUCCACUGCCCAGCUCUUCUCUUAUGGAGAGCCUUGUGGGGACAAGUUUGAGAGAGACACCCGGGUGUCGCUCUUUGGAGCCCUUGUGCAUAGUCGCACAUACGACAUGGACGUCCGGCUGGACCUGCCCCCGGUGCCAGACAGCGCAGACCUCUGUGGACUGGCCAUCAAGGUGCCUCGGAGUGUGGACCCGUCCGAAGAUGAAGGGUUCCAGUCCGCGUCCAAUCUGACUCCCGACUCCCAGUCUGAGCCCGGCACGACCCCUGAGAUCGACCUGUGGGACGCAGUGCUCACAUACGAGCCCAGCAAGCAGAGGUGCUGGGAGCAAGUCGGCUGCCCCCCUGGCCACAGAGAGGAGCCCUACCUCACGGAGGCGGGAAGGGACGCCUUCGACAGGCUGUGCCGGCUGUGCCGCGGGGAGCUGCAGGUGCUGGGCGGGGGCCUGGCGCAGGCCACACAGCCCAUCCUGGUGAGGGAGUGCGAGCUGGUGAAGGACGUGCUGAACGUCUUGAUCGGGGUCGUCUCUGCCACGUUUCCCCUGUGCCAGCUGACCCAGGCCUUCAUGGUGAAGCGGGGCAUUCAUGUCUUAGGGACGUCCCCUGAGAGCAUCAGCAGCCUCCUCUCGGAGGUGGCCGAGUGCGGGACUCACUACGCGCGCCUGAGCCACUUCUCCCUGCAGCCUGUGCUGGACGCCUCAUGCAGCAAGGGGCUCGUGUUCCAGGCCUUCACCAGCGGCCUCAGGCGGUACCUGCAGUAUUACCGGGCCUGCGUCCUCUCCACCCCGCCCACCCUGAGCCUCCUCGCCAUCGGCUUUCUCUUCAAGAAGCUGGGCCGGCAGCUCAGGUACCUGGCUGAGCUCUGUGGCGUUGGCACCUGCGAAGGAGAGCCCCAGACUGUCUUCCCCACUGGGGUGAAGCUGCUGUCCUACCUCUACGAGGAGGCCUUGGGCAACCGCAGCAACGAGCAUUACCCGGUGUUGUUGUCCCUGCUCAAGACCAGCUGCCGGCCCUACACGCGGUUUAUUCACGACUGGGUGUACAGCGGGGUCUUCAGGGACGCCUACGGCGAGUUCAUGAUCCAGGUGAACCACGAGUACCUGGGCUGCAGAGACAAGUCCUACUGGACCCACGGCUACGCGCUCAUUUCCAAGGAGGCGGAGGACUGCGUGCCCGCGUUCCUGAAGCACAUCGCCCACGAUGUCUACGUCUGCGGGAAAACCAUCAACCUGCUGAGGCUCUGCUGUCCCCGGCACUACCUCUGCUGGUCUGAUGUCCCCGUCCCCCGGAUCUCGGUGAUUUUCUCCCUUGAGGAGUUGAAGGAGAUCGAGAAGGACUGCGCUGUCUACGUGGGGCGGAUGGAGAGGGUGGCGCGCCACAGCUCUGUCAGCAAGGAGGAGAAGGAAUUACGCAUGGAAAUUGCUAAACAGGAGUUAAUCGUCCAGGCCCGGGAAGCUGCGUCCAGGGUCUUAAGUGCGCUGAGCGAUCGGCAGAUGUCUGAACGGAUGGCCUUGGACGCCCGGAAGCGAGAGCAGUUUCAGAGGCUGAAGGAGCAGUUUGUGAAGGACCAGGAGCGCCGCCGGGCAGCCAGGCAGGAGGAGCUGGACGAGGACUUCAGCUACGCCCGCGAGCUCCGAGACCGGGAGAGGAGGCUGAAGGCCCUGGAGGAGCAGCUGGAGAGGAAGGCGAGGCAGGCGCUGGUUGACCAUUAUAGCAAGUUGUCUGCAGAGGCAGCGCGUCGGGAGCAGAAGGCGCUGUGGAAGGUCCAGAGGCACCGGCUGGCCAGCGCGCGGGCUCGCUUCCUCUUAGCAGACCAGGAGCGCAUUCAGGCCAUGCUGAGAGCCGUGUCCGAGGGAAAGCCCCCAGCGCUGCCCAGCAUCCUCCCGAGCGCAGGCUCCCAGAUCUCGUCUUCGGGUCCCGAGCCCCCCGAUGGAGGCGGCGGCUGUGACUCCGGGUGUGCGGGGCCGAGCGGGCCGAGCGGGCCGGCGCCGGAGCCCCUGGAGCCCCCAGCCGUGGGGGCCUGCGGCUCGGGGCGGGGAGCAGGGCCGCAGCUGUUCUCUGCAGGCCUCAGCCUCCAGGAUUUCCUGCCCGCGGGCCAGGGUGCCGAGCAGCCUGCGGACACGGGUGCGGCCUCUGUCUUGGAGGAGGCACUGCAGACCAUCGGCUCAGACCUGCCCCCUUCGGCGUCAUCUCCAGCGGCAGAUGCGGGGCGCUCGGGGCCACAGGAGUACGAUUUCCGAUCCGUCCUGAGGCCCGCGGUGGCCACCUCGGCCCCCCCAGGGCCCCCCCCGGCUAUCGGAGGCAGCUGGAGCUGCGAGGGGCUGCAGCUGUGGCGGGAUACUGACAUGCAGCCGGACACCUGCGUCACGGUCGGGCGGGCCGCUCAGCCUUGUGCACGCCUGCCCAGGGACAGCCCCCCGCAGGAGGGGAGCGGCCAGGCCACGGGGCAGCCUCUUGGGCCUGUGUUGGAGGAUGGUGUUCUCACAGGGGGCUCUGCCUGCGGAACAGCCCUCUCCCGGCCCCGGUGGAAGGUCCACGGCCAUGUGUCGGACGCCAGCAUCAGGGUGGGGGAGAACGUGUGGGACGUGGUGACCCCCCGGCCCCGGUGGAACAUCCACGGCCACGUGUCGGACGCCAGCAUCAGGGUGGGGGAGAACGUGUGGGACGUGGCGCCCCCCCGGCCCCGGGGCAACGUCCACGGCCACGUGUCGGACGCCAGCAUCAGGGUGGGGGAGAACGUGUGGGAUGUGGCGCCCCCCCGGCCCCGGGGGAAUGUCCACGGCCAUGUGUCGGACGCCAGCAUCAGGGUGGGGGAGAACGUGUGGGACGUGGCGCCCCCCCGGCCCCGGGGGACCGUCCACGGCCACGUGUCGGACGCCAGCAUCAGGGUGGGGGAGAACGUGUGGGACGUGGCGCCCCCCCGGCCCCGGGGGACCGUCCCCGGCCACGUGUCUCAGUCCCAGGUGAUGCUGGGGGUGCCCCCAGGGGAGGCCGCGCCCAGGCCCCCACAGAGCGCCCCGACCGGCGUGUCCCAGUCGAGCCCCGGCCUGGAAGUGCGGAGUCCUGUCUGGGAAGGGGAGUCAGAGCCCCUGGCAGGGCCACCCUCAGGCAGCCCGUGUGCCCCCACGGCGGGCCCCAGCCCCGGGGGAGGGGAAGGAAGUGGCUUCCAGGCCUUGCCCUCAGCUUUGGCCACACCCGUUCCUCUGGAAGACGGCAUCCCUGAUGGGCCAGGCCCAGGGAGGAAUGAGGACACUAAGGACUGCUCUCCCAACUGGCCCUUGAGCCCACAGGAAGGUGCUGCUGGCCAGAGCAGCCCGAACCUCAGCGAGGAGGUGGAGGAGGGGGCAGUGGCCAGGCGCCUGGACAGGGAGCAGGCCUACCUGGCAGGCCUGGUGCGGCAGUACCGCCUGGAGCAGUACCCAGACAGCUACGAGGCCAUGUCAGAACCUCCUGUUGCGCGCCUCCUGCACCAUGGGCUACCCCGGGCCUUUGCCCUCCCCGAGGACACCCAAGGCCCCUCGGCUGGGGAUGAGACCACAGACGAGACUGCUGCGCAGCUGAGCGAACUGCUGCCGCUGCCGGUGCUCAUGAAGCGCUCGGUCACCGCGCCACUGGCGGCCCACGUCUCCCUGGUGAACAAGGCCGCCGUGGACUACUUUUUCGUCGAGCUGCAGCUGGAGGCGCACUUCGAGGCGCUGCGGCACUUCCUGCUGAUGGAGGACGGCGAGUUCGCGCAGUCCCUGAGCGACCUGCUCUUUGAGAAGCUGGGUGCGGGGCAGACACCUGGGGAGCUGCUCAACCCGCUGGUGCUCAACACGGUGCUGCGCAAGGCGCUGCAGUACAGCCUGCACGGCGAUUCUCCGCUCGCCGCCAACCUCUCCUUCGCCCUAAAGUUCCUGCCCGAAGCCUUUGUCCCCAACGCCCCGGACGUGCUGAGCUGCCUGGAGCUCCGGUACAAGGUUGAUUGGCCCCUCAAUAUCAUCAUCACCGAGAGUUGCCUGAGCAGGUACAGCGGCAUCUUCUCCUUCCUGCUGCAGCUGAAGCUCAUGAUGUGGACACUCAAGGACGUCUGCUUCCACCUCAAGCGCUCAGCCCUGGUGAGCCCCGCGGCCGGCUCUGUGCAGUUCCGGCAGCUGCAGCUGUUCAAGCACGAGAUGCAGCACUUCGUGAAGGUCAUCCAGGGUUACAUCGCCAACCAGAUCCUGCACGUCACCUGGUGCGAGUUCCGGGCCCGGCUGGCCGCGGUGGGCGACCUUGAGGAGAUCCAGCGCGCCCAUGCCGAGUACCUGCACAAGGCCGUCUUCAGGGGCCUGCUGACGGAGAAGGCGGCGCCUGUCAUGAACAUCAUCCACAGCGUCUUCAGUCUGGUCCUCAAGUUCCGCAGCCAGCUCAUCUCCCAGCCCUGGGGCCCAGCCAGCGGCCCCCGAGGCGCCGAGCACCCCAACUUUGCUCUCAUGCAACAGUCCUACAACACCUUCAAGUACUACUCACACUUCCUCUUUAAAGUGGUGACCAAGCUGGUGAACCGCGGCUACCAGCCCCACCUGGAGGACUUUCUCCUGCGCAUCAACUUCAACAACUACUACCAGGACGCCUGAGGCCCGCCCCGCGGGACCCAGGUGGGUGCCGCGGGAAGGGGCCUCUCCUGGGCGGGUCCCCUUGCAGGCCAGGGCCGAAUGACCACACAGAGGGGCUGUGGAAGCUGCUGUUU